AUGAUCAUCAAGAUGAAGGACUUUCGGAAACAAAUUCAAUCAUUGGUUUUAUUGAUUGGUUUAAUUGUAAUUUUAAAUAAUAGUAGUGUGUUGUCAAGUGAUGACUGGAGUGGUUGUACAUAUGUUAAUAUUAAUAAUAAUAAUGGUAAUCAACAGGCAUUAUCUUGUUCAUCUAUUACAGCUUGGGAUGAAAAUACAUUUGCUUUUAGAUAUGAAGAUUCUGUGUUUUUCACAGUUUUCUACAAGUUUUUUGAUACAAAGGAAUAUCAACUUUGUGAUGAAAAGUAUGUGAAGGAAACACUCUUCAAAACAUAUGGAAUUUCUUCUUGUUAUCAAGCAUAUGUUGACAAUUUUCCAAAACUUGUCAAUUCAACACUCUCAUACUUGAAUUCAACUUAUGGCAUCUCUUCAAAAAAUGGAAGAAACAAGGCAGUGACUGAACUAGCUUGGAUUAUGAAUUAUUGUCAAUAUUGUUCUAGACCUGACUUUAAUGAAUUCCAUUCAAAUAUUUCAACAAUAGUUACUCCUUCACCUUUUAGAUAUGUUACUGCUAAAAAUUUCUGUAAUUAUGGAACUGAAAUUCCAAAGAAUUCAAUUCAAGCACCACUAGUACACGGACAUUCAUUACUUGAUUCAGAUGAUACGUAUCCAUGGAUUUGCUAUUGUGGAGGUAACGAUUAUGGUUUCAAGUGUGAUUACUUUUCAACAAAUUUUAUUCCAUUCACUUUCAAAGCCUACCCAAUUAUUGCAUUCAUUGUACCAACAUUGCUUGCCAUUGCCACUAUUGUUUGUAAUGUCAUUCCACUUGCUUAUAGAAAUGUCAAAAAGAUUUCUCACAAGAUGAAGUUUAAUCUCACCUCCUAUCCAAAAGCUAUUUUUGAGGAAAUAUUCUCUUUGAGUUGGAUCAUUAUCAUUAUGAUAUUCUUUUACUUUUUGUUUUUGGCCAUUGAAAAUGGUUUGAAUUUUGCUGUCAUUAGUGUUUUUGAAACCAAGACAAAAGUUGGUGCUGGAUUCUUUAGAUCAUUGAGUUUAUUGUGGUUAAUUUCUGCCCUAUUCUCCAUUCUAGUCAUGUGGCUAAAUUUACUAUUAGGAUCAAUGAGAACUUCAACAGAUUCUAUCAAAGUUCACAUUGGUUUGAAAAUUACUCUAGGUUUAUUCUAUUUAUUUGUUUUAGGACUUUCAAUUUUACCAUUUGUUUAUACUGGUCUUCAAUCUAGUCCAAUUAGAGGUUUUACCAAAACAUUUAACUUGACAUUCUUUACACUUACUGCAGCCUCUACCAUUUUCUUCACCAUUCUCUUCAUCUUGUUUGGAGCCAAACUGUAUUUUAAACUCAAGAUUGCAAAUAAUUUAUCAAUUUUCCAAAUCAAAUUUACCAAGUUUGUCAUGUUCUUGAUGGUAACCAAUGCUAUUGUUCUAAUUGAAAUAAUUUUCAUUAUCAUUGAAUAUGGAGCUAGUCAAGUUGUGUUUGGUUUAUUUUAUAGAAGUGUGAAUUUCAAUACAUUGGAUUUAAGUAUGUGUUUAUUGGCUAGUGGUAUCAUUUAUCAAAUGACACCAAAUGCAGAAUUUAGACAAAUAUUCUGUCCAUGUAUCAAGGAUGCUACUCUACAGAAAUAUCAGGACUAUAUUACCAAAAAGAGUGGAAGAAACAAGCAAGUAGAACCAGAGGAAGAUUCAAGUCAAUCCGAAUCGAAUCCAUAUCAAUUAGGAACAAGCUACAAAUUAACAUCAGGAGAAACAACAUUAACCCAACCGCUCUCACAAGGUUAUCAACAUUAA